AUGACAGUGACAUACUCACGCAGGGUUGCCGAUGCCCGUCUUGGUACCUUCUCUCACUUGCUACUGCGUUGGAAAGGAAGCAUUUACAAGCUGCUGUACCGAGAGUUGCUCAUCUUCGUUGUGCUUUACUACAUCAUCAGUGUCCUCUACAGGUUCCUCUUGGAUGAAGGGCAGAGGAGGCUAUUUGAGAAACUUGCCAUCUACUGUGAUCAAUACGCACAACUUAUUCCUGUAUCAUUUGUACUGGGUUUUUAUGUGACCCUGGUUGUAUCUCGCUGGUGGGGGCAAUUUGAGAGCAUCCCAUGGCCAGAUCGCUUGGCAGUGUUGGUGGGCGGGCAUGUCCGGGGGGCAGACGAAGGUGCCAGGCUGAUCCGCAGGAGUCUGGUGCGUUAUGCCAACCUGUCUGGCAUCCUCACAUACCGCUCCAUCAGCACUGCUGUUUAUAAGAGGUUUCCCACCAUGCAGCACCUGGUACAAGGAGGACUGAUGACAGUAGAGGAACUAAGGCAGCUGAAAGAACUGCCGUCUCCUCAUAAUAAAUUCUGGGUUCCUUGCAUGUGGUUUGUGAAUCUGGCACUGAGAGCACGGACAGAGGGAUGCAUCAACAAUGACGUUGCCCUCUCUGCCAUUCUCAACGAGUUAAAUAUGUUGCGCUCUCAGUGCAUGAAGCUGUACAGUUAUGACUGGAUCAGUCUGCCACUUGUAUACACUCAGGUGGUAACUGUGGCUGUAUACAGCUUCUUCUUGGCUUGUCUGAUUGGUCGGCAGUUUCUUGACCCUGCUCAGGGCUAUCAGGGCCACAAUCUUGAUUUCUUCCUUCCUGUCUUCACACUUCUACAGUUCUUCUUCUAUGUUGGCUGGCUCAAGGUGGCAGAGCAACUCAUCAAUCCAUUUGGGGAAGAUGAUGAUGACUUUGAGACAAACUGGCUUGUGGAUCGCAACUUACAGGUGUCUCUGUUGUCAGUUGAUGAAAUGUAUGAUCUGCUUCCGAUGAUAGAGAAGGAUAAAUACUGGAAUGAAUCAGAGCCCCAGCCACCCUAUACAGCAGCCAGUGCUGAACACCAAAAACCCUCUUACAUGGGCUCUGCUCUGGACAUCAAUGUACCUAAAGAAGAUAUGGAGUUCCAGCAUAACCUAGAGCAGAUCAAGGAGCAUGAGGAAGCCAACCACUCCACUCCUCUUCUGGGCAGCCUGACUCGUUUGCUGGGUGUGCAGUCACCUAGUUUUCUCCGCUCUUCUACUUCUUCUUCUUCUAGAGUUUCUCUUCUCCGUCGUCGCCCACGUGCUCCUUUCAGCCGCUUCCCUCUCUAUCUGCAUCCUGAAGCCCCUGUGGCACACAGCCAAUACCAAAAUCCACCUGAAUGUGACAUGGCUGAGUAUGCUUUUUCCUCUAUGUCUCUGUAUGAGAGACCUGGUUUCUAUAGUUGCCCACAGACACCCAUCCACUGUGUGCCCCCGCCUGUUAAUCGUUCCCGCCCACCCCGCAGGGCACAGGGUGACCUGGCACACAGCACCAGUUCAUUUUCUCACCCUCUGCUGGGCUCACAGAUGUUGUCUCCUGAUAUGCCAAGCCGUAUGCCCGGUUCCACAUCCUUAGGCCUUCCUGGGAUGGGAGAAGAUGGCUCAGAACACCCUUGUGUGUCCACAUUCUCCUUCCCUGAUCCUGUGGCAGAGACAUGCCCUCCAAGCAAACUGUGGCUGAAUCAGGCGCUGCUGUCCCAUUGUCCCCCACCUUCUUGUUUCUCUAUGGACACUCCUCCUCCAACCGAAGGACAGUUGGGACCCUUAAGUGCCUGUGCGAUGAAUGGAGGUGGAGAGAGAGUGUUCUCCUUCACUCCUCCCAUAUGGAACCCCAUUCAGGGCAGCAUGAGCUCAGGGUGCAUAAAUGCAUCCAGCACAUCCAAUAGCAACACCAACAACACCAACAGCAGCACCGGUAACCUGUGUAAUCUCACAGGUCUUGCAUGUGGCUCGAGCAGCAACACACGACUCGUCAACAGAAGCACUAUGGCACUGACUAACUCAGCCAGUUCCAUCACUCCUACUACUGCAAACACAACACAACAAACAGCCAGUCAACACAAUUCCCCCAAGGAUUCUGGGAUCUUGUUAUCUGAGAAAGAUUUAUUGGGAGAGUUAGUGGUGCAGAAUGGGACUGUGAGACCAAAUGGAGCGAGGGAACAGUUCUGA